GAAAGUAGUUAUGUUCUUAGAUAUUUAGUUUUUACAGUCUCAUAAUAUUAAAUUUAAAGGAUAUAAAAGUCGAAGAUGAAGUACGUGCUUGUAACAGGAGGUGUUGUGAGUGGAUUAGGGAAAGGAAUCACUGCAAGCAGUGUUGGUGUCCUUCUUCAAUCUUGCGGUCUUCGCGUUACUUGUAUCAAAAUUGAUCCUUAUCUGAACUAUGAUGCUGGAACCAUAUCUCCUUACGAACAUGGUGAAGUGUUUGUCUUGGACGAUGGUAGUGAGGUGGAUCUUGAUCUUGGAAACUACGAGAGGUUUCUAGAUGUCACAUUAACUCGAGAUAACAAUAUCACUUACGGGAAGAUUCAGCAGUAUGUGAUGGAGAAAGAGAGGAAAGGAGAUUACUUAGGGGAAACUGUUCAGAUUGUUCCUCACGUCACUGAUACAAUCCGAGAAUGGGUGGAGAGAGUUGCAAUGAUUCCUGUAGAUGGAAAAGAAGGUCCUCCUGAUGUUUGCAUCAUUGAAUUAGGUGGAACUAUAGGAGAUAAUGAAUCCAGGCCUUUUGCUGACGCACUUAGCCAAUUAUCAUACAGUGUAGGCCGUGAGAAUUUCUGUCUGAUCCAUGUCACCCUCGUGCCUGUGCUCAGUGUUGUUGGUGAACAGAAAACAAAACCAACACAGCACAGCAUUAGAGAUCUAAGAGGCUUGGGUUUGACACCUAAUAUCAUAGCUUGUCGGAGCACAGAGGUACUUGAAGAAAACGUAAAAGCAAAGCUAUCUCGGUUUUGCUAUGUUCCGAUUCAGAACAUCUUCUCUCUCUAUGAUGUUCACAGCAUCUGGCACAUUCCUUUGUUGCUCAGGGAACAGAAGGCUCAUGAAGCAAUCUCAAAAGUCCUGAAUCUUUCUGGUAUUGCUAAAGAACCUUCUUUAGAGAAAUGGGCUUCAAUGGUAGAAAUUAGUGACAGUUUAAAUGUACCGGUGAGAAUCGCUAUAGUGGGGAAAUAUACAGAUCUCUCAGAUGCCUAUCUUUCUGUCUUGAAGGCGCUCCUCCAUGCUUCUGUGGCUUUUGGCAAAAAGCUUGUAGUUGAUAUGGUUCCAUCUUGUGAUCUCGAAAAGACCACCAAGAAAGAGAAUUCACGCGCAUACGAGGCUGCUUGGAAGUUACUCAAGGACGCAGAUGGAGUUCUUCUCCCUGGAGGGUUUGGUGAUAGGGGAAUAGAGGGGAUGAUUCUUGCAGCAAAAUAUGCCCGAGAAAACAGUAUCCCUUUCCUCGGUAUCUGUCUCGGGAUGCAGAUAGCUGUCAUCGAGUUUGCACGCUCCCUUCUCUGCUUGCCUGAUGCAAAUAGCACAGAGUUUGACCCUGAAACCAAACAUCCAUGCAUCGUAUUCAUGCCUGAGGGCUCAACAACUCAUAUGGGAGGCACAAUGCGAUUAGGCUCGAGAAGAGCCUAUUUCCAUGUCAAGGACAGCAAAUCUGCAAGACUAUAUGGGAACAAAGAGUUUGUCGAUGAAAGGCAUCGCCAUAGAUAUGAGGUGAAUCCUGAUAUGGUUGCAAGCCUUGAACAGGCGGGUCUCUCUUUCGCUGCAAAAGAUGAAACUGGCGAGCGCACGGAGAUUGUUGAAGUUCCAAGCCACCCUUUUUUCAUCGGUGCUCAAUUCCAUCCCGAGUACAAGUCGAGACCCGGGAAAGUAUCUCCUCUGUUCUUAGGACUAAUAGCAGCAUCAUGUGGUGAGCUCAAUGCAGUCAUGAAUCCAGUUUCCAUUCACCAAGACAACCAAAACAUGUACUUGGAAAAGAACAAAACAAAGUUCUUAUUACGGUCCCUUGGUUUUGUGGACUGGAGAGUGAUUGGUUCCAAUCCAAUGGAGCCUUUCAGUGCUGCUCAGAACAAAGAGGACAAGGACACUAAUGUAGAAUCUCCUAGUAGUCCGCAUCAUCGGGAGGUUCUUGCUAGAUGGGAUCCGGCUGAUGCAAAGAGGCCAGACAUUGGUGAAGCUCCAGUAUUCCACCCUACAUCAGAGGAGUUUGAAGAUACACUUGCUUACAUAGAAAAGAUACGUCCCUUAGCUGAAUCAUUUGGUAUUUGUCGAAUCGUGCCACCAUCGAAUUGGUCUCCUCCUUGUCGGCUUAAAGAGAAAAGUAUAUGGAAGGAUACAAAGUUCCCAACCCGUAUUCAGAUUGUUGACCUGCUUCAGAACAGAGAGCCCAUGAAGAAGAAGAAGAAACCUAAGGGAAGGAAACGGAAACGUGGAAGAAACUCAAGAACCGUCCCCUACAAGAAACGAUAUGGCUCUGUAUCUCGUUCUGUUUCCACACCCAAGACGACCGAAGAAGAGACAUUUGGUUUCAACUCUGGUUCAGAUUUCACUCUUGAGGACUUUGAGAAAUACGCUCGAUACUUCAAAGACUAUUACUUUGGAAGAAAAGACAAUGCUGGAGAUACAGAAUGGACUCCAACUGUUGAGGAGAUCGAAGGAGAGUACUGGAGGAUCAUUGAGCAACCAACAGAUGAAGUCGAGGUAUCAUAUGGCGCUGACUUGGAGAACAGAGUACUUGGAAGUGGAUUUUACAAGAGAGGGGACAUGAAAACCGGGAGAAGCGAUAUGGAGCCAUACAUAGCUUCAGGUUGGAACUUGAACAACCUAGCGCGGCUCCCUGGCUCGUUACUCUCCUUCGAGGAUUCCAAUAUUUCCGGUGUUCUCGUGCCAUGGCUGUAUGUUGGCAUGUGCUUUUCAACGUUCUGUUGGCAUGUCGAGGACAAUCAUCUAUACUCACUGAACUAUCAUCACUUUGGCGAGCCAAAAGUAUGGUACGGAGUUCCGGGAAGCCAUGCAACUGGGCUAGAGAAGGCGAUGAGAAAACAUCUACCAGAUUUGUUCGAUGAACAACCUGAUCUACUUCAUGGACUGGUUACUCAGUUUUCUCCAAGCAUUUUGAAAGAUGAGGGAGUCCCUGUUUAUCGUGCGGUUCAGAAUGCAGGGGAGUAUGUUCUAACAUUCCCUAGAGCAUAUCAUUCGGGAUUCAACAGCGGAUUCAACUGUGCAGAAGCGGUGAAUGUGGCUCCUAUUGAUUGGCUGUCUCAUGGACAGAUUGCUGUGGAAAUAUAUAGCCAAGAGACCCGGAAAACAUCUCUGUCUCAUGACAAAAUUCUCCUUGGAGCAGCUUAUGAAGCUGUUAAGUCCCUCUCAGCUUCUGGGGAAGAUAAUACAAAAAGGUUCAGCUGGAAGAGUUUCUGUGGGAAGGACGGUAUUCUUACUAAGGCAAUGGAGGCGCGGUUACGGAUAGAAGAAAGAAGAAUUGAGGAUCUUGGAAAUGGUUUCAGCUUGGUAAAGAUGGAUAAAGACUUUGAUUCAAAAGGUGAAAUGGAAUGCAUCUCUUGCUUUAGUGACUUGCAUCUCUCUGCUACUGGCUGCAACAACUGCUCAUCUUCCGAAGAAUAUGGUUGCACGAAACACGAUAUAUGUUCAUGUGAAGGGAACGACCGGUUCAUCUAUCUUCGUUACACCAUAGAUGAGUUAAGCUCGUUGAUAAGAGCAUUGGAAGGAGAAUCAGAUGAUUUAAAAACUUGGGCUUCCAAAGUCGUUAAGGAAAAGCAGUUACAUGAAGAAUCUUUUGAUCUGAAUCUUGACUUGGUAUCGGAUGGUGAGUGUAAUACUGCUUCUGAGAUAUGUGAUGAUGCAUCCAUUAUGGAAUUUGCUGCUUAUGUCGUCGAACCUAUAAAUCUUGGAUCCUUGGUCGUCGGAAAGCUUUGGUGUAACAAGGAUGCUAUAUUUCCAAAAGGGUUUAAGAGUCGGGUUAAAUUUUAUAACAUACAAGAUCCAAUGAGAAUGAGCUAUUACGUCUCUGAGAUUUUAGAUGCAGGACUUAUGGGUCCACUCUUCAGGGUUACUUUGGAAGAAUCUAAAGACGAGAGCUUCUCUUAUGUGUCACCUCAGAAAUGCUGGGAAAUGGUGUUGCUUAGAGUUAAGGAAGAGAUGAUAAGACGCAGCAUCCAAGAACAAGAUGUCCAUAUGUUGGAAAGCAUUGACGGGUUAAAAAUGUUCGGUUUUCGCUCUCCGUUUAUAGUUCAGGCCACUGAGGCUCUUGACCCGAACCAUCACCUAGUGCAGUAUUGGAACCAUAAGAAUGAGACGGCUUGCUCCAUGUCAAAUUCUUCCCUGAGCUUAACCAAAACAAAACUUUUUGGGGUUGAUUUGAAUUGAACUUGAAGAGGAGUACUCGUCAAGAAGGCGAUGGAGAGACAAUGUUGGAUAGAACUCACCAAUUUUUCCUUGCCUUGAUGAUUUUUCUUAGAAUUAAUUCUUUCAGUAUAUUGUUUCUCUCAUCAGGCCAAAUUGUAACUUUUGUUGUUCGUAGAUGAACUGCAGUAUCAUGACAGAUAUGUAUCCUAAUGUUGUUUGUUGAAAUAAAUGGUUUAAACAUAA